CCGUGAGAAACUGGGCUGGACCUCCGGUUCAGGGUGAUGGGGGAAGGUGGAAGAGCACCUAGCUCUUGGGCACAAAGACUUUGAGACUGACCUGCUUGCUUUUCCAUGAGCUGUUUAGACAAAUGCCAUGCAUAACUCAAGGCGCAGUCAGAGGAACACUUUCCUGCUCUUGGUUCUCGGUGUUAGGGUACUAAACGCUAGCUUGGGUGCAGCGCUGAUCGCGUUGUCAGUCCCAAAGAGCACAACAGAGCUCAUUAGUCUUGUCUGUCAAGCGCCUGACUAGAUUGCUGUGAUACCUUGAACAACCUUAUGUAUGUUUCUGUACACAGCCGCAGCUGUGGAAUCUGUCCGAGUGUCUUUUGUUCCCUUCUAGUGCAACAGUGAAAGGGCUAAAGAAGAAGCAUCUCAGAGUUUUGAGAAAUUAUUUCAUGUCCUGGAAGAGAAGAAGUCUGCAGCCCUUAGGGCAAUUGAAGCUUCUAAGACUUUAAGGCUGGAGAAAUUGCAAAUGCAAGCAGAAGAAUACCAGGGGCUCCUGGAAAAUAAUGGCCUUGUCGGAUAUGCCCAAGAAGUGCUUAAAGAGACUGAUCCAUCUUGUUUUGUUCAAACAGCAAAACAACUUCACGUCAGAAUCCAAAAAGCUACCGAAUCUCUGAAGAGCUUCAGGCCAGCAGCUGGAGCUACUUUUGAAGACUUUGUGGUGGACAUCGCCAAGCAAGAAGAGAUCCUUGGUGACUUGUCUUUCCAUUCCAAUGGUCUGGAAAUACCAGAGAUCAAUGAAGAGCAAAGCAGAAUAUACAACCAAGCUCUGAUCAGCUGGGAAUGCCCUGGGAAUGUCGACUCGGCUGAUAUCUAUGUCCUUGAAUAUCGUAAGCUUAAUAGAGAAGACGAGACUGAGAUGUGGCAGGUCGAAGUUUGCAGCAAGAGCAAAGUAAUAUCUGAUCUUGAUGAUGACAGCAGCUAUGCCUUUAGAGUUCGUGGAUAUAAAGGCUCCAUCUGUAGCCCUUGGAGCCGAGAAGUUGUUUUGCGUACUCCUCCAGCUCCAGUUUUCAGUUUUCUUUUUGAUGACAAAUGUGGGUACAACAGUGAACAUCUCCUGCUGAACCCAGGAAGAACCUCUGUGGAGAGCAGGGCUGGAUUUCCUCUGCUGCUGGGAUCUGAGCGCGUGCAGGUCGGAUGCUACACAACCUUGGAUUACAUCAUUGGUGACACUGGGAUUGCCAAAGGGAAGCACUUCUGGGCUUUUCACGUGGAAGCCUAUUCAUACCUGGUGAAAGUGGGAGUUGUUUCUAGCCACAAGAUAAAUAAAUUGUUCCAUAAUAGCCAUGACGUGACCAGCCCAAGAUACGAGCAAGACAGUGGUCAUGACAGUGGGAGUGAAGAUACCUUCUCUGACUCAUCGAAGCCUUGUACUCUGGUCACUUUAGGCAUGAAGAAGUUCUUCAUCCCCACGACACCUGCUGCCCCCAAGGAUCCAGCAAGCAGAAUCCUUCCCCUGCCAUCGUGCUUGGGCAUCUGCCUUGAUUGUGACAAUGGCAAGGUGGGGUUUUAUGACGCAGACCGCAUGAAAUGCCUUUAUGAGUGCAAGGUGAACUGCUCUGGCAUAAUGUACCCAAUGUUUGCCUUAAUGGGUGGCGCAGCCAUUCACCUUGAGGAAGCUGUCACAGCGAAGUAUGAGGAGUACCACGACAACGUUUAGUGCAGUAACCUCUUUCUAUUGCUGCUCUGAGAUGGAGAAUGACGGCAGGAGAGCUCUACCUUGUCCCGAUUAAUUAUGUUCUACAUAUAUGUUGCUCACAAGUCUCUCUGUCAUGUCUUUUUUAAACGCGUUGUCCAGACACUUCCCACACCAGUGUGAACUGUUCUGGGAACUCUCCUGCCUUUCUCGUGAUCUGUGUGAUGCUGUUCUCUACGGACUUUCUUGGCAGGAGGAAGCAGGAAAGAAGUUUAACUAGCAACCAAGAUCACUCCUCAUGGGUAGAAAUCUGCCUUCUAUGUAACUUAAAUUCUUACGUAGUCAGUUUUGCACUUAAUGAACAAAGCUGACAGCGUGUGAUUGCUGUUCUCCUUUUAAGAUACCUGCCUGAAAUGCCUCUGAGGGAUCAAACGCCUUCCAAAUAACCCCAGAGCACCGGGGUUGGGCCUUUCAGCACGAAAAAUUAUACACCAGACAGAAGUCGGAACUGCAUAUGAACGUUUAGCUUGUAUUUGGAAAGAGAAGGGUAAACUAGAAUACGAUUGCAUGUCAUAUACCUUUGAUGUGGCUGUAAGCUAGAACUCUGACACCUGGCGUCAUGCAGUUGGUGGCAUAAUGAUAAGUUUCUUUACUCUUCUGGGCUUUUACUAUAGGCUGUAAACAAUAGAGUGCAAUUCUACUUGAAGUACAGAAUUCAAUGUCCAAAAUCAAAGGUGUUUGCAUGUGUGAGUAGUUGUACCUGGUAUUUAGGCAAAAGCAAAUGAGUUCUUGACAUCAGUUGUAAUAUGUGAACGUUAAAUAAUCAGGUAUUUCUUAAUUUUUUUUAUCUAGUAGCAGCUUGUUUUUCUAGUAAGAAUGUAAAAAAUGCACUGAUUAAGUUAUGAGACCCUAUUUCUGCCUUAAAGGAUGUCUCCCCUCAAAUUUCUGUUCCUGUCAUGUUAAAAACUAUCCCACGGUAGUUCUUCAUAGAAACACAGAACUACAGAUCGGUUUGGGUUGGAAAAGACCUUUCAAAAUCAUCUAGUACAACCCCCUGCCAUGGGCAGGGAUAUCUUUCACUAGAUGAAGUUGUUCAAAGCUCUCUUCAACCUGACGUUGAGCACUUCCAGAGAUGGGACAUCCACAGCUGCUCUGGGCAGCCCGUUCCAGGGUCUUCCCACCUUCAGUGUUAGAAAUGUCUUCCUUAAAUCUGAUCUAAACACACCCUUGUUACCUUUAAAACCGUUGCCCCUGGUCCUGGCUUUACCAAGGCCUGUAGAAAGUUUCUCUCCAUCAUUCUUGCAAGCCCUCCUUAUCUACGGAAAGGCCACAGUGAAGUCUCCCUGGGGCCUUCCCUUCUCCAGGCUGAGUAAGGCCAACUCUCUCAGCCUUUCCAGGGUGUUCCAGCCUUCUGAUCAUUUCUGUGGGCCUCCCCUGGACCUGCUUCACGCUGGGGGCCUCAGAGCCAGAUGCAAUACUCCGCGUGGGGUCUUAGGAGAGCAGAGUGGGAGAAUCCACUCCCUUGCCCCUCUGGCCACCCAGCAGCCCAGGAUGCAAUUGGCUUUCUGGGCUGUGGGUGCGCAUCGCUGGUACAAGUUCGAUUUUUCACCCACCGGGAUGUCCAAGUCCUUCUCUGCAGGGCUGCUCUCCAUCCCCAGUCUGUAUUGAUACCAGGAGGUUGCCCUGACCCGGGUGCAGGACCUUGCGCUUGGCCUCGGUGAACCUCAUGAGGUUCACAUGGGCACACUUCUCAAGCCUGUCAUGGUCCCUCUGGCGACUGAACUGCUCAGCUUGGUGUCAACUGCAGACUUGGUAAGGGUGCACCAAAUCCCACUGUCUGCUCUUAGUGGAGGUACUACCAGUGCCAGUAGAAACCCCUCCCUGAGGGACACCACUUGUUCCUGGUUUCCACUUGCAUGCUGAGCUGUUGACUAUAAAACUCUUUGCCCAUGGCCACCCAGGCAGUUCCUGCUCCAUCCAUCAAGCCCAUCCCUCUCAAAUUUAGAGGGAAGAAUGUUGUGGGGGAUCAUAUCAAAGGCCUGACAGCAGUCCAGGUAUAUGUCAUCGGUAGCUCUUCCCUUGUCCGCUGAUGCAGCCACUCCACCACAGAAGGCCACUAGAGGAGUCAGGCACAAUUUGCCCGUGGUGAACCCUUGCUGGCUGUCGCUAAUCACCUCCCUGUCUUCCGUGGGUUUUGAGAUGCCUUCCAGGAGGAUCCGUCAUGUGCUCUUACUGGCCACAGCGGUGGACUGCAUCUGUCGAUAGAAAUCUCUGUGAAAAAACAUGGGGGUUACUUGCACUGUUAACUUGUGGUGUGGAAAAAUCAGGAUCUAAAGUGACGGAUGUUUCUAAUACAUACUCGGUGCUUUCUAAUUUGGGGAUAUGCUUUCUAAUUUGGGGAUAGUGUUGCGUCUUGAUGAGUGUGUGUGAGAAGUAUGCUUACUAAGUACAUGUAUACAGCUGUAGAGCUAUGAAAUGGGACCUGAAAAAUCACAACACACUUAGAAGAAUGUAGCUCAUAAUGCAAAACCUUUGUGCCCUUUGCUGUCUGAACUGUCGCACUGACCUGACCCAGAGCCCACCCCUCCCAGUGUCCGCUCUCCCAGGCCUCUGCCUGGUGGCCCCUGUCACCUCUAAUCGGCAGGAACGGUAUCUGGCCAAAAUGCCAUCCGUGCCAAGGUGAGCACGACAGCCCUGUCGGGGCUAGAAAGGCCCAGCAAGGGCACCUUCUUGUUGGGGUCUCACCCGCAAAUGUUUCUGCCUUAGUGAGGCUGUGUGGAAGCCUGCUGCACAGCUUCGUUGUGUGCUUGUAUGAGAAGCACUUGGGCGUCCCAGGCAGCAGCGGGGAAGCAGUGGGUAUCUCCUGGAACUUUCUCCUGCAGGAGAAAUGGCAAAUUGUCCCUCGUUACUUAUCCUGUGGGUCAUUGAUUUUUGUAAAAGGUGGUUAUCGUAGCCUUUCUUUCCCACUAUGCCCUCCCCUUCACAUUUCCUCCUGCUGUACUGGUAACCAUCCUGCUACCCCUCUUUCUCCUCUCACCUUCUGAGGCUG